CAUCUUUGUUCCCUUAAUCCGAGCAUCUAUUUUUUAUGUGUACAUAGUGACAGAAGCUAGUAGCUGUAGAGCGCCCUAUUAUUAAGGGAAUAUAAACGAGAGGCGCGGCACACCGGCGGAAAAGAAUAAAAACAAACCUUAAAAAACACAAGGACUAUCGCUUCACUGGAAUAACCUGGAGAGCGCAUUAUUUAUCCCGGAGACGGGGAGAAACGCCUGAAGCAGAGCGUUCAUCCACACACUUCUUGUAGACGCACAUAAAACCCGGUUAAAAAUGUCUGCCCCAGCCGGAGCCCCUGCCCCAGAAGGAGGUAACCAAGCUCCUCCAAACCUCACCAGCAAUCGUCGUUUGCAGCAGACACAGGCUCAGGUGGAUGAGGUCGUGGAUAUUAUGCGUGUAAACGUAGACAAGGUUCUGGAAAGGGACCAGAAGCUUUCAGAACUGGAUGAUCGGGCUGAUGCCCUGCAGGCUGGAGCCUCACAGUUCGAGACCAGCGCCGCCAAGCUCAAGAAUAAAUACUGGUGGAAGAAUGCCAAGAUGAUGAUUAUCCUGGGGGUGAUAUGCGUGAUUGUCCUCAUUAUAAUCAUUGUGUACUUCAGCACCUAAAGCGCAACAUUCCUACCCCACUCUGAGCUCACGAACGCCCAAUUCCAAGCCACAGAGAAAUCCUUCCCCGAAAAAAAAGAUGAGAACAAUGACUUCUCACAAGAAUCAAUUUAUUUGCCCUCAAAGAGUAUAAAUCCGCCCCAAUCCUGAGCCCCCCCUGUCCCCUGCCUCCACUGCCUCCCAGCUGGGCCCCUGUCACUCCUCGUUCGUCCUGUCCGUGAGUGUGUGGCCAUGUCUCCUAUGUAAAUACCUCCAGCUUUUCUGAAAUACUGUUCAUACUCCAAACUCCUGAUUACUUGUGACAAUGAUGACCGAUUUAAAAAAAAAAAAGAAAGAAAAAGACAUCACAACCCUUAGAGUACAAUAAGAUGAUACAGUAUAUAUUCCAAAUGUUCUUUGUAGAGUUUUAUUCUGAUAUAAUGGUUUUUUGUAGUUUGUGUGUGAGUGUGCAUUUGUAUAUUUUUUUAAGUUUUGUAAAACUUAUUUUUGCUUCAGGUUUAAACUACUGCCUCUUAAUCUGGGUGUUUGUAUCUUGCACGCUCUAUUUCACUCUUUCUUGAGUAUUGGUGUAUUUUUGCACAAGCGAUAGACUCCCUUAAGUGAGGUACUGAAUCAAUAUUCCCAAAUUUUCCUGUCACAUGCACUCUAUCUCAGACCUACAUAUUGCCCCCUCAAACCCCUUUCUUUCUUUCUUUCUUUCUUUCUUUCUUUCUUUCUUUCUUUCUUUCUUUCUUUCUUUCUUUCUUUCUUUCUCACCAACAGUACUUACUCUAUUAGUGAACUGCCACAACAGACUGGACCAAUGACUGUAGAUGUUUAACUUAAGUUGAUGUCUUUAGUGUCUUAUCUCUUAAACAUUCCUUAAUAGCAGUGUAGAUUUAUGCUGUCUAUCAAACAAAGUGUAUUUAAGAAUUCCAAAAAUAGGUCUUAAACUACCUUAAGUACUUGUAACACAGUCGAACUAUGUUUUGACUUGGGUGGCAAAGCAAUUAAUGUCAUUAAUCAAUUGUGCCGCAGGUGAAAAAUUGGGACUUUAGACAAGGGAUGUCCAGGCGUGUCCUGGAGGGCCAGUGUCCUGCAUAGUUUAGCUCCAACUUCCUUCAACACACCUGCCUAAAUGUUUCUAGUAUACGGGGAAAGAGCUGUUUCAGGUGUGUUUAAUUGGGGUUGAAACUAAAAUAUGAAGGACACUGGCCCUCCAGGACGAGUUUGGGCACCCCUGCUUUCGACAAAUUCAUUCUGCUGGUAAAGAUUUUCAAGGCCAGAGAGUCUCCAUACAAAGUGUGGGGGAGGUCAUCCGAUAAGGGGAAAUCGUAUCAUGCACAAAAAGCUUGUUUUCGAUGGCGCUUAAUAAAUAGUUACUCUGCAGGUGCAACUGAGAGAGAACCAAACGCUGUGUUACUUUCUCAUAGCAGAACUACUGCCAAACCCAUACAAGAUUUCAUCCGUCAGAAAGCACACAGAUUAAUCUUACUAUUCAACGUGAGCUAGUUUCCACAGCUGUGGUUCUCUCUCUUAUAUCUAGAUACUGCCUUUACCCUUUCUUUUAAUUUUACAAAUAGAUUAAUGUAUAUUUUUGUGUGUGAAGCAUGCAGGAAAGGGAUCACAUUGUUUCAGGACUUGAUGCUGUUGCCGCUUGCACAGCGAGCACCUUUUGUGUCCCUUGCUAUUAUCCAGCUCUCUGUGUGCCUGUCUGUUGAGUUCAGCUGUAGUUUACACACUGCCGAGCACCUGAGGGGAUGCUUGUCUCCUUUUGUGUUUUGCUUCUCGUUUUUUUGUUGUUGCCGUGCCCUUCCUGGUUUGCUUUCACGCAUAUAUUUAUACGCCUCCAUCAGCAUCACCCUUCAGACUCAUCCGCCCAAUCUGUCGACAAGAAGCGAGCCAGGCGUGAAGUGUGCGUCUGCACGUGAGCACCCCCUCCCUUUCUCAUUUCCCAGUUAGCGCCAUUAGCUUUUUUCACUUUGAUUAUGCCUCUAGCCAGCCGUCGCUGUAGGUAGAGGUUGUGUGUGUGUUAGGAGUAGUUUGGCUCCGUCCUGACAGAUUAGGCUGCUUAGCCUAUGGAGGUAAAGAAAGGCUGUACCCAUGGAGACAGGCUUGCUUAAACAGGGGGGAGGGGACAGAUUAGCUAAUUGAUUGUGACAUAAGGCGGAGCCAUUUGGUCGAGGGGGCGGGGCUAGAUUUGUUAUUCCACUAGAGUGUAGUGAAACAGCUUGAAGUUUACUUUAAAGAUUUUUAUUAGUAUUUCUAAACAAGCAAGCUGCUUGUUUAUUUUUCAUUUGUUCUUCUUUAAAAGGAGAUAGCCUUAGUUCAUUUUUUUCUUCCAUUCACUUCGAGCCCCAUUCACAUUGAGCUAUUAUAUUAAAAAAAUGACCAAAGACCAUGUUAUAUCUUGCUUAUACUGCCAAUUGCCAUCCAAAACAGGUAAAGGGACAACAUUUCCCCAAAUCUCUGGUUUUUAAAAGCUCUCAUCCAGCAAACAGAAAUUAGAAAUCCCUUGCAUUUUUCAGGUGUAAGUUUAUUUUACUUGAAUAUUAUGUACUUGUAAACAAGCAGCAGUGACUGACGUCAAGAAAAGCAAUGUUUCUCAACCAUGUUCCUGGAGGACCACCAGCUCUGCACAUAUUCCAUGUCUCCUUAACCAAACACACCUGAUUCAGAUCAUCUGCUCAUUAGCAGACACUGAAAGGAUGGGUGUGACAGACAUAGGAGACAUCCAAAACAUGUAGUGUUGGUGGUCCUCCAGGAACGUGGUCGAGAAACACUGAGGUAAAGCAAUUGGAAACCUCAAUUUGACGGAUGUACCCCAGGUCUUAUAUCUGAAACAACGAUAGCACAACUUCUCCAUUAUCUGUAAUGCUGAGUAUGAAACUAUUUCUUUGUAGCUGUUUAAAGAAAACAAAAAACAAACAAACAAAAAAAAAUCUGUAUCGUUUUGUGUUGUAGUGUGGGCUUCAUCUGGGGGAAGGGGGUCCUUUUUAAUUUUAUUUUACAUUUAAGGCAUAAACAAUCUGGAAUUAUUCUAAAGUGUUAUAUAAUAAUAGAGAAACUAUAUUAUAUUAGGCUAUCUGAUUUUUUCUCCCAAGGUUGUCAACAUUUUAAAGGGGUCUAUAAAAAUAAUAAUACGCACUGGGGUAGGAUUCAAAUUGGACUAAUUAUUCAAAGCAUUUUAAAAGGAUUCUAAUAGGGAACGACUACAAAAUAAUGUAUGUGCUAUUUUGUUUUUCUUUGUGUGCGCGUGUAAAGACAUUUUCUUUUGUCUUGGCACGCACUGUAUGUUUUGUUUAAAACCAUGUGGGUUUGAGAGGGAUGGUGGGAGUAGAUUUGUCAUGCCAGCUUGUUAAAGAUGCUGCAUCUUCUUUAUUCGGAGGGAACCAAUGAAGAUGCAGAACUUUAUCAGACUGACUCAAAAGCCACAGUGAUUUCUCCAUUACUCACAUCAUACAGUUGUUCAGUCUUUAGUUGUUUACUUUAUUCGAAGCAGAAAUUAGAUAAGGCUUUACAGUGGUGCUCUGUGGCACAGCUUCAAUGUGCUUAGCCAGGAGAGGGUAAAGUUUUGUUCUAUAAUUUAAGUUUAAAUAUAAGAAGGUGACCUAAGAUUAUCAGAGUAAUACUGGAAACUGAACCCUGCCUUAUUAAAGGUUAGUGUGUCAAGAGAUUUUUUUCAGAAAGCUUGUACAGACUGAAAUAUCAACUUUAAUCUGUUAGUUCAUAGAAACCUUUUACAAAAGUAUAAAUCAUUUUUGAAGGAUUUGUGGACUGAAUAAAGAGUAUAAGCAAGGAGAAUUCCAGGGGUUUGCUUCGUGGAGGUCUAGAAACGCAUUGAACCAACAGCCAACUUGCUGUAUUGAUAACAGUUUAUGUUUAUUUAUUUGAUUAAUAGAGUUUUGUUUGAAGAGGAACGGAUUUAGAUUGGUAUUACCCCUGUUUGUCUGGCCUCUUUGGAGGGACUAGGCUGGAGGAUCACGGGUAAUGCGAUCUUCACAAUCUGAAUUUAUGUUGUUGUUAUUUUAUUACUUUUAUUUAUUUGUCAUAAGUUAUAGUGGACUACAUAUUACACAGAAUGAAGUACAUUGUAACAGGGAAUCAUUUGGCAACCAGACAUACAUGAAACCAAUUGUAGAGUAAAUCUGUCAAUGUCUAUUAUAUGGAUCAACAUCUUGGGAAAUAUAUAUAUAUAUAAAUAUACAUAUAUAUAUUGCAAAAAAAGACAGUUAUGAUGACCUGUGUUUAUUGUUCCGAGUUAGAAAUUAAAAUGUGUGUGUGUUUGAAAACAAUGACAACAUAAAAUAAAUAUAUAAUAAAAAUGAA